GAAAGCAUAUAUGUGCUUGUAUUCAGUGAUUGCUUGAAUUACCUACCUGCAGUGCACUACAUACUAUGAUCCAUUUAAACUGAUUCAAUGGCUUAACCGUGACGUCAAGGAAGAAUGACUUUAGCUAUACAAGCGUCUCUAGACCGCACCGUGUGUUUGUGCUAAUCUGCGACACAAGGCAACCCACAACACUUGGAUGCCAUUAUAGGAUCACUUGCAUCUGGGUUGGCUCAGACAGAGUAUAAUUUUUUUAUUGCUUCCCAUUAUGUUGCAGUGUUUGGAAAUAAUAACCCUGCCGUUUCCCUCAGAAAUAUUUCCUUACACCAGCUGGAAAAUAGUGCGGAAGACACAGCAGGUGUGAUGAUGGAAUUAUACAGUAGCAGCCGAAAAGAACAAAAUAAAAUAGCUAAUCAUCUUGUUUUAGCCGUAAACACAGCAUAUCAUCAGACUAAAGGCUCACUGCAGCUUCAAUAUCGCAGUUUAUUGGUUUACGGUUUAUGGAUCAGGACUGAAUAUCCACUCAGAAGAUGAGAGGCAAUCCUGCAAAGAGGUGGAGCGAAUAUCUGCCAGUCAGAAGUGCUCGGAAAAGCAAUUUAAUUUAAACAUACUAAAUGAUCUGCCACUGAGUGAGGUCUAUUUAUUUAACAGGUCCUCAUAAAACUAAGAUUUGUCAGUCCCCAGUGAGGCCCUGAACUCAGACAGAUAAAACAUUGUGCGGUUGAAGGGUCUAUAGUACUGUGCUAGGAAAAACAAUAUUCUGCUGUCCUCUGUUUACUUUGUUCUCUACCCUAAGGCAAAACUCCAGACAGGUUAAUUUUGAAGUGUACCAACAAACUGAUAUUUAACUAGGCGAGUAAGUGAGACAAAAUGGUGGCAGAAAACACCUACUUUUUUUGUUUCUAGGAUCUUCACUAGCGUCCGUAAGACAGAAGUCAGAAAAAAUAAAUAUUUCUUUACAUUGCAUUUCAUUAAUGCUUGAGCCUUUCAGUUCCACAACUGUAUCAUUACAUUUACAUUUAGUCAUUAGUAUCACAACUAUUUUCAACAUUGAUAAUAGUAAAUGCUUCUUGACCACCAAAUCGGCAUAUUGAUUGUUUUCUGAAGGAUCAUGUGACAUUGAAGACUAAAGUAAUGUCAUCACAGAAAUAAAUUACAUUAAAUUACAUUUUUAAUUCAGUUGUGUUUUUUGUAUUGAUAACUGGGUCACCUCUGACCUGUGUGACUAGACAUUAUAGCCCUUUCCGGCUUUACGCAUGCCAAGCUAUACAAAGAUGUUGUCCUUCACAACAACUUAACCCUGCAUCCCUCACAGUUCCCACUGUCGUCAUAGCUAGCAUGUCCAAGUGCGUGCUAGCCUCAUUUUGGUAAUCUCAUUGAGACCGAGACAGACAGACGGGGCCUCGCUCUCUAUAUAAGCUCUGGUCAGAGCAAGACAGCGAUAGACGUGCAGUCCUACCAGAGUGAGCUCUGUCCUCUGAGCUUCCUUCUUUCAGAAGGAGAAAAACAAGAAAAGAAAAAGGUCCUGCUCACAAACAAAAUUCUGAGGCUUGGGGAAUAAAUUGAUAUGAUUUUUGGUCUCCCACAUCCUACUUUAGGACACAUCCGCUACUUGCAGACAUCUGCCGUACAGACUGUGACCCAAGGAGCUCACGAUCUCGUAGUGCCGCGGGUGGCUGUUUUUCUGGGUGCAUUGGGAAUUGCGAUGUCUGGAUACAGCUCUCGCCAACUCGCUGUUCACCACCGCCCCUCCACACGCAUCCUGCACUGGAUGUCCAAACCCGCCAUUAAUGUCGAUGGCCCUAGUUCCCCAGGUCGAACCCGUCUGGCUUCAGGCAAUACUUCAGUGGCCUCCAUCAAAAAAGAUGAACAAGAUCAACCAAUCAAAAACACAGGUGACACCGAGCAACCUGUGAAGGCAUCGCCUGACAUAUGAAAACAAACCAAAAAAAUCCUUCAGCCAUGCAAGGGACUUGUGAGGUCUUACUGUGUAAGAUGGAGCAUAGUCAAUAAUUUAGUCUAUAGUUAUUUGGAAAGUGCCUUCGUACAAGAAAGCCGGUUUUCCCUGAUUAGAUUGUGUGUUGAGGUUGGCCGAAGUUGCACAAAUGAUUCAGCAGAUAUGUGAUAAGGACCAACUGUUGGUUUGCUGACAUCCUUGUGAAAAUCACCUGCAUUUUUUAAUAAGUCUAAAUGUGCAGGCAUAUUGGUUUGACGAUGUCAUGCUUUGGCACUGACACUGGUGGAAAGAUAUUCUGAAAUCCACUGAAUUUGAAUAUACUGAAUCAAGCCCACAUACCAAGCAUCAUUUGCACGUCGGUCAAUGGCUUCCUAAUGACUGGCUCUUUACUUAGAAAUGUAUUUACAGUCACAAUAACAUCCACUGUGACAGGCAUGUUUCCAAAGCUAAACUACUUCCUGAAGAUUAGUUUGCUGAAUUUAUUUACUAGGGCUUGUUAAUGAGAUGUAAACAUACAGGUAGGCUGUGAGUCAGGAGCUAUCAUUUAUUGGCUUGGUUUUCAGGUAUUACAGAGAGAAUAUGUUGUGUUUGAAACAGUACUGUAUACAGCACACAGAACGCGAAUACACGCUUGUACUGAUAUGUUUUGUAUCAUGUAUAAUCUUUUUAAAUGCUUAUUUUAGCUGUUUUAUAUGGCUACAGUAUUACAGCCCUAAUAUCGGUGUUUACCUUAUAAACAAUACAAAAUGUUGUAUACAUUUAGCUGUGUAUGGAUUUAUAUGUUAUGCAAAUAAAAAAAAAAUUAAAAAAAAUCUAAAAAUAUUUUUUCUUAGCAUUUCUUUUCAUGGUGUAUGUUUAUUAUUAUUAUUAUUAUUGCUGUAAAAAUCACGUUACUGUAAUGCAUCGCGGUUGUUUAGGUCAGAUAAGCUAAAGAUAAGCUAAUGGCUAAAUAACAUUAUCUUAAACGUCUGUUGCUCAAGGUAAGCCUUUAAAUCAGGAUUAGGGUCAGCAUCGGGUCAAAAAUUAAGGUUACGGUGACCGGACAGGCUGCCUAGUUCGUUAAGCCUUGUAAAUUACACAUCCGAUUGAACAUAAACCCUUAAUAAUGGUGAUGUUCAUCAAAAGAAUGUACUCACACGUGACUCCUGAUGGAUAGAAA